CGUUAGUCAAAUGGACCUUUGACGUGUUCAGGAAAUCAGAACGUAAACAAAGAUGGCAGACUGGAGUCGAGGACAUGGCGCGGUGGAUGAUAUGUUGGACGCGGAAAAUAAGCUUUUGGCGGAUAGUCUGGCAUCCAAGGUGUCCAGGCUGAAAUCGCUGGCGUAUGACAUUGACAAAGACGCAGAAGAACAUAAUUCAUAUUUGGACGGCAUGGGCUCCAACUUCAUGAGUGCUACGGGCCUGCUGACCGGAAGUGUGAAGCGGUUCUCCACCAUGGUGCGCUCCGGCCGGGAAAACAGGAAGAUCCUGUGCUACGUCUCCGUGGGGCUGGUGAUGGCCUUCUUCGUGCUGUACUACAUGGUCUCCAGGAUCCAGGCAUAAGGGAAACGCACCAGCGCAAUACUGGUCCUGUAAUGCAAAUGUAAUUCUCAGUUGUAUGAGAAGUGCAAUUUUGCUAAUCUCCGAAAAUGGCUCCUGUUUUACUAACAUCAAAAGGAGAUGUCUGACAUGAACAGCUUUUUACUGAUGUUGAUUCUAUCCUGUGUGCAUGAUGGUUUUAGAAAAGGCGGAGACAGCAGCCCCUCAUAAUACAAUGUACAUGAGGGGGGUGUUUCCCAAAGUCAUCCUGACCUGAAGUUGCAUACAGUACUAGGAAUUUCUCAGGAUGUCAGCCAGUGAUAUAGUACUAUCUCCCUAGGGCCAGAACAGCUCCCGUUUGAGUGAUUAUUGGGUUACAAUGGUGGCUGUCAGAUGGGAUCAAUUUAUGCCCAAAAAUUUCAGCACAAACACAUUUAUGGUGGGCUCCAAAAAACUGUUGUAUGCUAAACGGGAUAUUAUACAGUAGGUUCAGCAGUGAUAAAAAAAAAAAAAAGAAUUCUAAUAUGACUAAUUUUAGAUUAUUUAUUUUUCCAAACUUUGUGCAAUUGCUAAAUCAUCUUACUAAUGAAUUGGGACUAUGAGUCAUUAAAUGAGAGACCAAUGUACAAAAUUUAAUAAUGUUACCUUGUGGUGAUUUAGGCGAAUUCCAGUAGGUUCUGAGCGGAUGUGAGACAUCUGUAUGGGAAUAAGUGUAUUGGUAGUGGUCAGAGAUUUUGCUUGUUCACAGGUUGGUCCACAAAUCAUCUCAUCUUUGUACAACAGUACUACUUUGCGGCCAUCUUUAUUUUUAAAUCAUUUCAUCUUUUGUGUAAUUAUGCAUUUAUGCAUUUGCAUUUGAUACUGAUGAACCUUUACUGAAGUAAUUUAAUGCAUGUACCUGAAGGCUGUUGUGCCCCUGCAGGGAGUAGAAUGUACAGCCUCUAUGGUAGAGGAUUAGCACCUGGGCUAGUACCCUACAGUACAUGUUUAUACUGUAUGUGGACUGACAGACAAUAGACAUAAUCUUUUGAAAACUGCAAAAACACGGACAAACAAGAUCAGCUCAUUCCCGUUUGUACUUCAAUUCCAGCACAGUAUUUCCUUAGUGUGCACGCUCAUUCCCGUAUGUUUUUCAGGUAAACAGCACUUUAUCUUCUUUUGAAAGUAGCAAUUCAUACAUAACACAAAACUGCAUAUGGCAUAUUCAGCACUGAAGUGUAAAAAAAAGAAAAAAGAAAAGAAAAAACCCAAAAAACAUGGAAGAUAGGAAGAAGUUAUAUUAUGUGGAUAUUUUUAAAGUAUACCUUUUGUAACUAUGACUUCUGUAUAUUUUCUUGUAAAUAAUAAAAAUGCAAGCCUA